AUGUUCUACCACAUCUACCUUACUGGUCUUUGCCAACGUCGUCACUGGCCAGAACCCUCCUAUGAUUCCUACCGAACUCGUCGAGGUUAUUACGGCUGCACCGUUCGCGUCAACAACCGAGAGUACACCACCGAUGAGGACUACGAGACGGACGAUCUGGCACGCAAUGCUGCAGCUACCCGCGCCUACAUGAUAUGCCGUAACUUCUCCGUCAACGAUGGCAUGUAUCCCGGUCAGCGUCAGGGCCAGGGCGGCAUCGUCCAGGGGCUUCCUGUUGCUAUUGGCACCGGCCGCCGUAACACCCAGUCGUCGAUCAACGACUCCGAUAGUGGCAGCACUGGGAGUGGCGGCAGCAGCCCUCGAGGCAGUGACUCUGGAUUGCCGCAGACGCAUAGCCGACACACGAGCAAAUCCUCGGUCGAGACUUGCUAUUGCGGCCGCGGACAUGUCCGCGCCUAUGAGAGAUGCCAGCGUUGUCUCCAGGAGUGCGGCUGGGCCCAGGCAUAG